GUUAACAAUAUGUAGGCCAUGUCUUCACUGUUAGGAUGUAUGUCAUUUGUGACUGCUGCUCUGCCACAUAACCAGUGUGGUAUUAAUGGACUUCCCUUGACUCCUAACUCCAUCACAUCUCUUGGACUUGCACAGCAGUUAAAGACACUGAAGCAUGAAAAUCUUUGCAGUUACGUUGAUUUUCGAUGUGGUAGGCAUGAGAGAAUUUUUGCCGUUUCUGAGCUAUAUGUGGAUAGUGUGUUCAACAAAAUCACACAACCAACAGAAUUAAAACAAGAUGAUUGGAGGAAGUACAGCUUAAACAUUGUCCAUGGAGUACUUAAUGGACUCAAUUAUUUAAACUCAAAAGGAUAUAUUCAACUAAACUUAGAGCCCAAAAAUAUUCUGUUAAAUGAGAAUGGCACACCCAAGCUGUCUGGAUAUGGUUUACACCAUAUGACAGAUGGAGGGAAAUUACUUAGUGGACCAUUAGGUAGCUUAAAAUAUUCCUCUCCAGAACAAAUACUGUCAUGCUGCUACUCAGAGAUACCUAUGGCCACCAGCAGCAAAUCUGAUGUAUGGUCUGCUUGUAUAGUACUGUUGGAACUACUGCAUAGGGAGUUGCUGUGGGACAGUGUGGAAAAUAAAAGUCUUGUCAAACGUGUGCUUUGUCUUUCUGCAAACAAAAGCUCACACAAAAACAUUGAGGUUUUGUGCCAAAAUUUUAAAGAAAAUCUAAGUCUAAAUGAAACCGAUGACGUAACAAAGUUAAUAAAAGUGAUCUUGGAAAAUGGAUUGAAUGUUGAAUCCUCACAAAGAGCAACGCCAUUGCAGAUUCUUAACAAACUUGGUAAAGAUCUGAAUUUAACCAAUGAGCAACAACCUGCAGACACCAAUGGUAAGUUUGAAAAAACUGUACCUAGUGAAAACACCAACCCUUUAAUGGAAAUGGACAGUGAAGAGAUAUGGUGUCUAUGGAACUUGGCUGGGGGAGAUAUGGUUGCUGAAGUUUUACGUUCUGUGACCACCACCCCUCCAAUUCGUACAGUUCCAUUAUUUGUAACUGUUCAUGGCGACCUUUACGGUCUUGAGCCAUCCCCAGAAAAUUUGUUUAACCCUGGCUAUAAAUUACUUUCUCUUGACACUGUUGAAAGCAGGCUUGAGGUUAACACUGAAAAUAUCUCUCUCAUAUACCCACUACUCGAGCUCAAAUCACCAGAUGUUUCACAUGAAUCUGCCAAGUUACCUUUGCUAAUACGUGAAAAUGAUUUUGAUUACCAAGUGCAUCGUAUUGCUCUGUACAGGCGAUUACUCCUGGGCUACCCUUACUUACGAGACAAGUUAUUAAAGGAAGCACGAAUUGACAUUCCACCAUAUUGUAGGGGUAGGGUAUGGGCAGGGCUUUUAGAUGUCAAAGGUGACUUGGAAGAGCAAUAUAUCAACAUUGAUAAAGAUACUCCAAUAGUGACAGACAGACAAAUUGCUGUUGAUGUACCACGCUGCCACCAAUAUGAUUCAAUGCUGUGUUCACCUACCGCUCACGAAAAGUUAAAGCGGGUUCUUAAAGCGUGGUUGAUGUCACAUCCACAUCUCACAUACUGGCAAGGACUAGAUUCACUUUGUGCUGUAUUUGUUCAUUUAAAUUUCAAUGAUGAACCAAGAGCAUGGGCCUCCAUGUCCCAAUUCAUUGACAAGUACCUUCAUGACUUCUUUCUCAAAGAUAACUCCGCCAUCAUUCAAGAAUAUCUUGUUGUAUUCUCCCACUUGUUAACCUUCCAUGACCCUUUGCUUUCAUGUCAUAUGCAGGAGAUUGGUUUUAUACCAGACCUUUAUGCAAUUCCUUGGUUUUUAACCAUGUUUGCUCAUGUAUUUCCUCUGCAUAAGAUAUUCCAUCUAUGGGACACCUUGCUGCUUGGAAAUUCUUCUUUUCCUCUCUGUAUCGGGGUGGCCAUCUUACAACAAUUACGUGGACAGUUACUUCAGAGUGAUUUUAACGAAUGCAUCCUUCUAUUUUCUGACCUGCCUGAAAUAGACAUUGAUGGUGUGGUGAAAAAAUCCAUACAAGUUUUCUGUCAGUCUCCAAAAAGCUCCACAUUUCGUGUUCAUGCACAGAAAGAAGAAAAAUGCAAACGUCAAACAGUAUCUUACUACACAGAAGACUAUAAUACUCUUCCAAAAACUGAACUCUCAGAAACUGCGAUUCCACUCUCAGAACUUAAACAAGAAGUUUGCUGCAGAAUUUCGGCAGAUGAUUUAAUUCAGCUUUGUGAACUAAAAGGAUCCAAUAACUCUAAGACUCCAGCUAAAGCAACCAAAUCUGGCAAGCCUAGGAUCUUCAUCAUUGACAUUCGAUCUUCAGAUGAGUUUUCGCGUGGCUGUGUACCUGGAAGCUUUAACUUCCCCCUGGCACCCAACAAAUCAAUCCCCCAGUUGGUCCAAAUGAUUUCUAAACAGAGCCCAAAAGUAGUUGUAGUUAUUGGCAACAAAUCAACACGCGAGGACCGAGAAUUUUGCUUCGAACUCCUCAAAGAAGGAUUAAAAGGCGUAUGUGUCUUGCAUGGUGGAAUUGAUAUUUUAAAACCUGUCGGUGUUCUUACAGUGCCAUCACAAUAAACUAUCACUCAUAACGUGUGUAAGUAAUUACAUAUAAAGUGGCCUUGACAACUUUUUAUUAUACAAGUCCAUCAUAUAUUAGAACAUCGCCAUUAUUAUAUAAACAUAUCCCUUUUUUCAAGUUAUUUCAUAUAUAAAUAAUUUUAAAAUUACUCUUUGGCAAUAUCAAUCAUACGAUCUCUCAAUUUUAGCAUUACACUAUGUGAAGCACUAGUUACCUUUUAAAUUGUCCCAUAUAGCACCGUAUACGGUAUAUAUUUCAAAUCGUUGUGCAAUACUUGGCUGUUGCCUUUUCUUUUCAAAUUAUUUACCAACAUCUAUUGAUUUGUGGCUUAUUUAUUGCCACUUAAAAUAUAAGGAUAUAUAUCUUUUGUAAUUUCAUUUUCAUGAUUUGUUUAUUUUGCAG